AUGUUGAAUAUACGUCCCGCGUACAACACUGCCAAGUCCCGCGUACAACACCGCCAAGUCCCUCGUACAACACGCCAAGUCCCGCGUACAACACUGCCAAGUCCCUCGUACAACACGCCAAGUCCCGCCUACAACACGCCAAGUCCCGCGUACAACACGCCAAGUCCCGCCUACAACACCGCCAAGUCCCGCGUACAACACGCCAAGUCCCGCGUACAACACUGCCAAGUCCCUCGUACAACACGCCAAGUCCCGCCUACAACACCGCCAAGUCCCGCGUACAACACGCCAAGUCCCGCCUACAACACCGCCAAGUCCCGCGUACAACACCGCCAGGUCCCUCGUACAACACGCCAAGUUCCGCCUACAACACCGCCAAGUCCCGCGUACAACACGCCAAGUCCCUCGUACAACACGCCAAGUCCCGCCUACAACACCGCCAAGUCCCGCGUACAACACCGCCAAGUCCCGCCUACAACACGCCAAGUCCCGCGUACAACACGCCAAGUCCCUCGUACAACACGCCAAGUCCCGCCUACAACACCGCCAAGUCCCGCGUACAACACGCCAAGUCCCGCGUACAACACGCCAAGUCCCGCCUACAACACCGCCAAGUCCCGCGUACAACACGCCAAGUCCCGCGUACAACACCGCCAAGUCCCGCGUACAACACCGCCAAGUCCCGCGUACAACACCGCCAAGUCCCGCGUACAACACGCCAAGUCCCGCGUACAACACGCCAAGUUCCGAAACCCUCGAAAUAGAAGCCCAACAACAGUUAAGGGGGUUGUCACCGUCAAAGUACUUGGAUAUUAA